AUGGCCUAUGAUCGCUUCAUAGCCAUCUGUCACCCCCUUCAGUAUACAGUCAUAAUGAACCCCCAGUUCUGUGGACUGCUGGUUCUGGUGUCCUGGAUUAUUAGUGUCCUUCAAUCCUUACUAGAAAGCUUAAUGGUGUUGCGUCUGUCUUUUUGCACAGAUGUGGAAAUCUCCCACUUUUUCUGUGAACUUAAUCAGGUGGUCCAUUGUGCCUGUUCUGACACCUUCAUCAAUGAAAUAGUCAUGUGUUUGUCAGCUGUAUUGUUGGGUGGCUGUCCCCUCACUGGGAUCUUGUUCUCAUAUUAUAAGAUUCUUUCCUCCAUUCGUGUGAUCUCAUCAACUCAGGGGAAGUAUAAAGCAUUUUCCACCUGUGCUUCUCACCUUUCAGUUGUCUGCUUAUUUUAUUUUACGACUAUUGGAGUAUACAUCAGUUCUUCUGCUACUCACAAUGCUCGUGCAGGUACAACAGCUUCGAUUCUGUACACCAUGGUCACGCCCAUGCUGAACCCCUUCAUCUACAGCCUGAGGAAUAGGGACAUAAAGGAGGCUUUGAAGAGAUUACUCAGGAGGGAAGUCAUAAAGGGCCACUUGUCCUGGCAUGGAAGAAGUGACUGUGACUAA